CUAAGCUUUCCCCUUCUCCCUUCCCAGCCGCCUCGCCCUCGCCCUCUCCCUCCUAUCUCCGACUGCGCCGCCGCCCCCUGUGCCAGCGUCGCUCGCUCCGGCCUCGUUAUCGCCGACUGCUCAGCUCCACUCCCAAAGAUGGCGGGGAGGAGAGCGAGCGCCCGCGCGCGGCCCAACGUGCUGGUGACCGGGACACCGGGGACGGGGAAGACGACGACGUGCUCCCUCCUCGCCGACGCCGCGGCCGUCGCCCACGUCAACAUCGGCGACCUGGUCCGCGAGAAGGGCCUCCACGACGGCUGGGACGAGGACCUCGACUGCCACGUCAUCAACGAGGACCUGGUUUGUGAUGAGCUGGAGGACAGGAUGGAAGAAGGCGGUGUACUAGUAGAUUAUCAUGGAUGUGAUUUCUUUCCAGAACGUUGGUUUGACCUUGUGGUCGUGCUUCAGACCGACAAUUCAAUUCUGCAUGAUCGCUUGACUAGCAGAGGCUACAUGGGGGCCAAGCUCACAAACAACAUAGAGUGCGAGAUCUUCCAGGUGCUCCUGGAGGAGGCGAGGGAGAGUUACAAGGAGGAUAUAGUGAUGCCACUGCGAAGCGACAGCGUCGAGGAUAUCAGCAGGAACGUGAGCACGUUGACGGAGUGGAUAAACAACUGGAGACCAUCCCAGUGAGGUACCGAUCCGUCGUAUGCUUUCCGUGUUGAGUUAGAUUGUUAUUGGAUUGUGUUGUGGAUGGAGCCCAUGGGGGCAUGCUGACUGUAAAUUAGCUGGUCUGAUUGGGUUUUUUCUCAAUUAAACGGUCAUGCGUGAUUUGAAUUUGUACCGAUAGAAAGAUGGGCGUUGCUGCAUGAGUUAAAUUUGUAUUUGUUCGCUACUAGUGUAUGUUUUCUUCUCCCUUUGAGGUGCUUGGGAAGUUUACUCGGUGAGCGGCUAA